CCCCCGGCCGGGUGUGCAGCGCCAAGCGCCCCGCGCGAACACUGGGCCGGCCGUGACGUCAGGCAGGAGGCGGGGCCGAAGUGCGCGGCCCCCCAUGGUGUUCACCGCCGCGCCGAGCAAGGCUGGAGGACAGCGGAGAACGGAGACCUGGGGGAUCUGCGCAGCAACCCCGGUCCUCUGCUUGCUUCUGGGCACUGCAGCUGCUAGAUAACGGAAAUGCGGUUGAUCUAAGCCAGUGAUCCUGAACCAGGGGCCGUGGCUCCUUGAGAUGCCUGCAAGCUUGUGCUUUGGAGAGAGCUGCUCUUCCUGUCUAAACACGAAGCGUAGGAGCUGGGCUGUUGUUGUCCACUUCCUAGUAGUGUUUAGGAGGAGGCUUCGUGGCCCCGGCUAAGUCCAGCUUUGAAAGCGCAGUUGGUGAUACUGUCUCCCUGCUCCUCGCCCUGCCCUCCCCGCUUCUCCCAAGCCCGUAACUUGAAUGUGGGACUCUAAGCGCGGGGCGGGCGGGCAGGCUGGGUCUGGAGCGUGUGGCCACAGGGCUGCAGUCUGACUCUGGCACUGCUUAAUUGCCCCACCGCCAGGUCUCUGGCCCCCUGGGCAGCCAAGAAAGCCAGAAAUGGUGACAGAAAAGCUGUUUCAACUUCUUUUUUUUUCAGAUGUAACCGAACAGGAAAACGCAAAGACAGAAGGUGCAUGGACAAUAGCUGUGAUUGUCAUUUUUAUAUUGACUAUACGUGGGAUUGCUUUUUAUUAUAGAAAAUGGAAGAGCAGGAAAAAGAAAAAAACAGAAAUCUGCGUGCGCUGCAGUGAAGGAGUCCAGAGACUUCCCAAACCUGCUACUUGCAUUCAACAAUUCGUCUUUUGGAAGAGACAGUUGGGUCACAUCUCGGUCGUUAUAAAAGGGAAGGUGGUGCACACGCGUGGAGAGAUCCAUGACUAUGUUUACAGAAGCCAGGAGUUUCUGAGCCCCGUAUCGUCACGUGAGCUAGUCACUGCCCAGGAGCUGCGAUCUGAGCGGAUGUUACUGCUUGGCUCUGUGGGGACAGGGAUAAGUGCCAUCUCUCAACAGCUCUUGGAAAACUGGGCUUCAGGAGAAAGCAAGAUGGCCUAUAGCCAUGUGACUACUAUAUCAUUCAGUGACUUGAACUCCAUCGAGACGCCCAUCAUCGUGAAAGCGCUUCUGGAACAGAAGUGCGAACAGCUGCUUUCAGUCCUGAGUGAUCAAAACAGUCAUGAAAAGCGGUUUGGACUCACGCCAGAUGCAGAAGUCGUGACAGCACUGCUGUGGAGGAGGUUUUGCUGACAAGCACCAACAGAGUGCACCUCGGCCUUGUUAGCCUUGGAGCUGUGAUGGGCAAGUUUGUUAUUACCCUGAAAUAAAAUAGUUUUUUGAUGCCAUACUGUUAGGUUAACAAUAAUUUAGAUUAUUGGGAAACAUUAGAUUUGCAGCUGAGCACAAGGCAUGACCUGUGGCCUAGCAAUGCUGCUGACCACAAGGCAGAAUAAUAGCUAAGCCAGCCAUUUGCUUAUGUCAAGUGCCAUAACCAUUUUGUUAGAAAAAGCAGAAAUUAAGUCUGUAUACUGAGAACCAGCUACAGCAAGGAAUGAGAUAAGAUAAAGGAGGGCCCAGAAGGAGGGAAGAUGGUAUGGCCCAGAACAGGAAAACAGAUUGGAAUGUGAAAGAUAACAUGUAACCGUUGCUUAACUUUUUGCUUUUGGAAAAGUACUAGCUAUAACAGAUAAAUGUAAUGUUACUGUGGAAAUUUGUAAUGCACCAUAUAAGGAGAUGAUCACCAUAAGUAUUGCUUAGUUGAUGACCUUGUAGUUUUCUUUGUUAGAAAAGGGAUAAAAGACAGCCCCACCCUUCAGUCGGGGCCAUUUUGCCUUUUUGCUGGCUUAUGGUCAUUUGCUCGAGCAAAUAAACUGCAGUAAAGCCUUUACCCGUGUUGUCUGGU